AUGAAGCCUGUAGUCCUGUACUGGCAUCGCACCGACCUCCGACUCCACGACUCGCCCGCCCUCCACGCAGCUCUAGCCCUCAACCCAUCCAUCUUCAUCCCCAUCUGGACCUGGGACCCGCACUACGUCUACCGGACCCGCGUUGGGCCCAACCGCUGGAAAUUCCUCUUAGAAUGCCAAUCCGACCUCUCCGCCGCCUACACCACCCUGAACCCCAAGCAGCGACUGUGGGUCGUGCGCGAGGCCCCGCAGUCCGUGCUCCCAAAGCUCUGGAAGAAAUGGCAGAUAACGCAUCUCGUGUUUGAGCAGGACACGGAUGCGUACGCGCGGGAUCGCGACGAAGCCGUGCUACGGAUGGCGCGCGACGCCGGCGUCGAGGUGAUUGUCCAGAUGGGCCGGACGCUCUUCGACCCGGACGAGCUGGUGCGGAAGAAUGGCGGGAAGCCGACGAUGAGUAUCGCGCAGGUGCAGAAGGCGGCGGAGAAGAUCGGGGAUGGGACUCCUGCGCAGCCGCUAGAGGCGCCGCAGAGCGUUCCCGAUCCCUGGAAGUGGGAGAAGAUGGGUUUGGAUGGGUUGGGCCAGGAUGUGGUUGAUGCGCGCCCGGAUUUGAAUGCGCCGUACCGGACGAGCUCGGAUGUGCAGUAUAGCGCGCUCAUGGGCCCCGGGCGGGACUUUGCUGUUCCUACGAUGGAGGAGAUUGGGAUUGAUGGCUCACUGGCACGCUCGCCGCAUCGCGGCGGGGAGACGGCGGCGCUGCGCGUGCUGGCGGGUUACAUUCAGGACGGGGAGUAUGUGGGGACGUUUGAGAAGCCGAAGACGUCGCCGGCCGCAUUUGAACCGCAGGCGACAACGCUGCUGUCGCCGCAUUUGCAUUUCGGGUCGUUGUCUGUGCGGAAGUUCUGGUGGGAUGUGCAGGGUGUGUUGCAGCAGCGCAGGAAGCAGAAGAAGGCCAAUGCGUCUAUUCCGACGAACUUGCCUGGUCAGCUACUGUUUCGUGAUAUGUACUUCGCGGCGCAGGCGGCAAUUGGCCAUGCAUUUGGCCAGACGCUGGGGAAUAAGUACGUGAGGUUCAUUGAUUGGCAUUUGCCGACAAACUACAUCACCACCGAGGAGGGCAAGUAUCAACCCGACGGGACUUAUACCGUCGAUUCUUCGGAGGCAGAGAAUUGGUUUCGGCGGUGGAAGGAAGGACGCACGGGGUUCCCAUGGAUCGAUGCCCUGAUGCGCCAGCUGAAACUGGAGGGCUGGAUCCAUCAUCUGGGGAGACAUAGCGUGGCGUGUUUUCUGACUCGGGGCGGCUGUUACGUGAGUUGGGAACGGGGGGCGGAAGUGUUCGAGGACUGGCUGGUUGACCAUGAAACAGCGUGCAACGUGGGUAACUGGCAAUGGCUCUCAUGCACCGCAUUCUACUCCCAAUACUACCACUGCUACUCACCCAUCGCGUUCGGCAAGAAAUGGGAUCCCGAGGGUGAAUUUGUUCGGCGAUAUUGUCCAGAGCUCGCCAAUUUCGACAAGAAAUACAUCUACGAGCCGUGGAAGGCACCUCUGCCUGAUCAGAAGAAAUGGGGGUGCCGGGUCACAGGAGACGGCAGUGGGAGCGAUGAUUCGAAGCACGAGGGACUAGCAGUAUACCCAAAACCGAUGUUCGAUUUCGACGAAAGAAGACGGAUAUGUCUGGACGGUAUGAAACAUGCGUAUAGUAUCGGCCUGCAUGGAGACGAUCCAGAGGUGAGGGAUGGGGCAUGGAAGGAGAUGUUUGGAGUAGAAGGUGGCUCUGGAGAUAUCAAGGAUAUCAUGGGAGGUGGCAAGCUGAGAAAGAGACAGAAACUAGAUGCCGACUGA